AUGAUUAGAAAUCUUGAAGAGUUGGAACUCGAAGGGAAUGAAAAUCGACGAUUUUAUACCGCCGAAAAUGCAUUGAAUGAUUUAAAUGAUCGUCAGUUUAUAAAAGAGUUUAGACUACCUAAACAGAACGUCCAAGAUCUUAUACAUGAACUAUCUCCAUUUAUGAUCCAUCCUACUAGACGCUCUGCUAUUAGUAUCGAACGAAAGGUAUUGACUACAUUACAUUUUUACGCAAGCGGUUCUUACCAGCAAGAUAUUGGGGAAAAUAGAGCUUCUUCGAUGAGCCAGUCAGCUGUUAGUCAGUGCAUAACAGAAGGUACCGAAGCUCUAAACCAACCGCUAGUUUUUAGUAAACAUGUUUAUUUUCGUAGAACUAUAGAGGAGUUGAACAUUGUCAGGCAAAAAUUUUACGAAAAGUAUAGAAUUCCUGGUAUAGUAGGAAUUGUGGAUGGUACGCAUAUCGCUAUUGUACCUCCUAAGAGUGAGGGUAUGUAUCCGGAGCAUAUUUACGUAAAUCGGAAAAAUUAUCACUCCAUUAACACUCACUUGAUUUGCGAUUCUAAUAUGAAAAUAAUAAAUGUCAAUGCAAGAUAUCCGGGUAGUACACAUGAUGCCUAUAUUUGGAAUAGGAGUAAUAUUUCUAAUACUAUGCAGCAACUUCAUAUAAAUGGCUACCAUUCAUAUUUCAUUAUAGCAGAUUCUGGUUAUGCUCUAAGGCCGUGGAUGAUAACUCCUUUACACGAUCCACAACCAAACACACCAGAAGCUGAUUUUAACAAAUGGUUUUUAAAAACAAGGAGUCUUAUUGAAAGAUGUAACGGGGUAUUAAAAAUGCGAUUUCGCUGUUUGUUAAAACAUCGAGUUUUACACUACGAGCCUUUAAAAGCUUCUAAAAUAAUUAAUACGUGUGUAGUCUUGCAUAAUAUAUGCAUCGAUAACAAUGUUUCCGAUGACGACAUAAUUUGUGAAGAUGAUAUGAUUUUUGACGAAGACGAUCUAGGAGUUAUUCCUAAUGUAAAUAACGAACAAAUGCGAGCUAUAAAUUCCUUGUUGGUUGCUGGUCGAGACAUGCAGAGAACCAUAAUCCAACAAUAUUUCACAUGCUAUUAA